AAAUGACAUUUUAGCUAGGAGAAUUUGUUGUUAAACAUUCGUCCGGUUUUAAUUCAGCAUACAAACGGAUAAAAUAAUAUAACAGAAUGGCUGGUGAAGUACUUGUUGAUGCGCUGCCAUAUAUUGAUUUAGGCUACGAUGAUCCUGGCGUGCGUGAAGCGGCUAUCGCUAUGGUGGAAGAAGAAUGUCGGCGAUAUCGUCCUACAAAAAAUUACCUCGAGCACCUGCCGGCCGUCAAUACUACCGCAUUUGAAACCGAACUGAUGCGAGCCGAAUUUGAACGCAUCCAAAAUCGUUUGCCAAUGGAACCGCUGAGCAUGAAACGGUACGAGCUGCCACCUCCACCGGCCGGGAAAAUGAACGAAGUGUCGGCCUGGACGGAAAGUGUGGACAACUCGAUGGCCCAGCUAGAGCAUCAGGCAGUGCGUGCAAUGAAUCUCGAGCUCAUGUCGGAGUACGGCUGCGAGAUGUGGAAAUCGUACCUCGAAACGCUGGUGGCCUUGCAGGCAAAGUGUCAGGCUCGGCUAGCGGAGGUGAAGAAGGAAAUUCAAGACGUGAAUUGGUCACGCAAGACCAAGCAGACGCAGGGAGGAGAAAAACUGCGAUCCCUGGAAGCUCAGUGGGUCAUGCUGGUGUCAAAAAAUUACGAAAUUGAACAAGCUUGUGUCAAGCUGGAGGAAAAAAUAUACCACAAGAAGAUGGCACAGAACUCCUUGCAGGCCGAACGGAAACAUGAAUAAACUUGACUUUGAUAGUAAUAUUUCGAAAGUAAAAACACCAUUUCAGUGUGUGUCACAUCGCUAGCCAUCAUUAUAUCUAUUUCCGUUUAUUUUAAAAAUCACACUCUGUUACAUAUUUUAGAAGGUUACAUGCAAUAUAGUUUGUUUCUUAAAACAUAAAAAUUAGCUUUACGAGCGAAA